UGUUGUUCAGGCAACUUGAUGGUUGGAUGGUGUUAGGCUCAAAAGGCUGCCUUAUUGUGGGCCUGCGCCACGGAGACUUUGGGGUUGGGAGAUGCAGAACAACCAAGGAAAAUGGACGCUGGUCCCACAUGGAACGCGGUGGGAGCUAAUACUAGUCUUGAUCACAAACAUUUGAGGGUCCUGGGUCUCCCGGAAUCAGGCACUGAUCGAUCCUCUGGACUCAUACCCAUCAACUGCACCGGCAUGUCUGGUAUUUGUUUCUGAAAAUUCUGUCAAACAGAAGAGAACUGUAGGUGAAAGCUUUUUUAGCCAGCCAAACUCAGAUCUCAUGGCCGGAGCUCCAGAGCAUCGGAGUAGGUUUGAUCAGGAUAUCACCCCCCGAUCUGCAGGCAGGCAUGGUUCCACCGGCUUCCGGCCAGAUGUUUCGGGAGCCCAACAAUUCCCUUUUCAGGAAUAUGGUACUUCAGUCAAUUGCGAAUCUGACAAUACCUCCAUAGACUGGCUCUACAAGUGCCUGUUUCCACAGGAUAAUCCUGAAGUGGACAACUUUCAGGAGGGUUAUCUCGCUCUAUCUGACUUUGCAAAUGAUGGUCCUGAAAUGGACCAAACCUGUAAUGAAGAUGGUUGUGAGAUUAAAACAUCUGUUAAUGUAAAUGAGGAGAAGCCUGAAGAUAAUGAUCAGAAACCGCAAAGUGGGAUGAUGUUUUCAUCUGUGAUACAAGCUGAAGAAUUUUACAAAGACUAUGCCAAGAAAACUGGUUUUACAGUAAGAAAAGGGAAGAUACACAAGCAACCAGAUGGUACACUGAAAUGGCGACGUUUGCUUUGUUCAUGUGAAGGUUUCCGGGCCAAGAAGCAGUCCAACCAGGGAACAAAGUAUCAGAGAUUAGAGACAAGAACAGGUUGUGAAGCCCAGAUGCAAGUCACACUUGAAAAUGAACAAUGGGUGAUCACAAACCUUCAGCUUGAGCAUAAUCACAGCCUGAAAAAUUCGAAUGGAAGUUCAGAUAAGAGUAUUCAAGAUGCACUAACUAGGCCUUCAGAAAAACUAGAAGGUGCUUUGGAAGCUGACAACGUUUGUCCCAAACACCAAUUGAAACAACUGAAACCUCAACCUGUGGACUCCAGAAGGGCAAAAGGAGAGACUUUAUUGGCUUCGGCUGAAGCUGAGGACAGAGACAAAACUCUCAGGGAUGGUCCAAGGUUCAUUGGAAACUCAAGUAGGCUUCUCAAGGAGAACCAUAAUGAACAACUUUUUGAGGAGGCAACUAAGUUGCAAUCAAUAUUCCAUCUGCACCCAAAAAACCAAGGCUACCUUCCACAACAAACACAAGAGGAUUCAGUGAGCCGUUAUUCGGAACAGAUCAUCAGUGAAGUAGAGACUCAUUGUAAUUAUGUGCAAAAUGCUUCUGACCGGCUCACCAUGGAAGAGAGGUCACUGCCGGUUGCCAAAAGCGCUGAUGGGGAGUCAACUAUUUACUCAGCUCAAAUGCCUACCACGAAUGAUGCGAGUCAUUGGUCUAGGGGUAGCGCUGUUAGCAUAGCAUCAUCAACUGUCCCAACUCCUACUCUUCCUAUUACGACCAUUACUAGCGCUGGCACACCUGCAGCUGGGAGCUCCAGCCCACAUCUUCCUUGUCUCCAAGACAAGCGCUCAGGGGCUUCAAGGGAUCAGGGAAAACAGUGCGCAAGUUUCGGGGGGGUCAACACCAUUGUCCAAGUGGGAUCUGGAGUAUCUCAUACAAGUGAGUCAAUUUGGCAGCAAAUACUGACCAAGUAUGGAGACAUAACGGCCAAAAGCACCGUGACAUCGCCCGAGUUUGUAGCCUUCGUUAAGCAAUCCAUUCUGAAGAUUGUGGAGCUGAUGCAUAAUAACACUGCCCGUGGCCUGUCUGAUGAAAACAUCUCCACCAUUGGUCGUAUAUUGGGCGAUUUGGAGCGUGUGGAGGUUAAGGUUGAUUGGUUAAGAACCCGAUUUGUUGCAGUGGGACAUUUAAUUGACUAUGCAAAGGCAAAGGACAACAGGGACAUGAUUCUUAGGCGCUUCAAUGAAAAGAGAGCUCAAGUAGCGCAGCUACAGCUGCAUCUAACGCAGCUACAGGGGAAGCUGGAUGAAGCAGAGGCCAGUUUACAGGAGCUGCAACACCAAGUACCCGAGUGGCUUACGUUCGAAGAUACACUUGGAAAAGGAUUAUUGUAGGAAGAGGAAGAUUAGUUAUCUUGAUAUUUUCAUUUAUUUGUUUGAUUUUAAAUAUACGGAUUAGAUGAAUGAUUACAUCAUCUUUUAAUUAAACAUACUUAAGCUUUUCAUGAUUAUUAAUCAUUUUAAAAUUAAUAAUAUUAAAUCAGGACGUGUUUCCAAGUUA